AUGCCGUUUUCAAACAAUGCGCCUAAAUGUGAAGAAAGGCCUGAAAGUGAAGAUGAUGAUGUUGUUUUACUUGAUGAGAACGAUGAAUAUGAGGAGCAGAAUAAAGAGUCGAAAGAGGAAAAAGUCGAAUCUUGCGAAGAUUUAAUUAAGAAUUCGGAAAUUGAGACUGAUAAUAAAAAUGUUUCAACAAGUAAACAAGACAGUAGUACCAAGGAAUCUAUCCAAAAUACUGCUGUAGACAACGAUGACGAUGAUGUCGUGUUGUUAGAUGUCGAUGAUAAGUCCAAUGAAGGCACUGAGCAACCUGUCAAUGAGGAAGAAAAAAAGACGGAAGAAUGUGGUAAGGAUGAGCCCAUUAAAGAAAAAGAUGAAAUUUUGUCAACUACUAUAAGCAAUUCAAACAAAGAAGCGAAUAACGAGGAGGAAGACGAUGAUGUAGUGCUUUUAGAGGAAGAUAUUGUUAACGAUGACAAAGUCAAAGAGGAAUCUAGCUCCGCGCCAACGAAAACGGAAGAUGCCUCUCAAUCUACGAAAGGGGAAUCAGUAACAUCAGGCGAAAACGCGGAUGAGAAAAAACAGGAGAAAUUUUUAGGGCUUGACAAUUCUGAUAAUGCACAAGAUAAAUUCCCCGAUGAUUCAGCGGAAGGAGGUCAGGCCGAAGGAGAGACUGUAACUAUUGAUACAGAUAAUUUGCUCGAACAGGUAGCUUCACCACAAAACUCCCGCUCUAAUGAUCAAUUUGAUGAUGAAGAAGCGAAGCAAUCCGAUACCGAAAGUAGUGAACUGUCCCAAGAUAUAUCCAAGAAAAUUACAAUCGAAUACGAUAGCCAAAGCAAAGAUAUCUCCAUAGAACCAGAAGAAGAUGCAAGCAGUAAAGCCGUUUCAGAUGAAAUAUAA